AUGUCGAGGUCCUUCCUAGUAAAGAGCGAGAAAGCGCACAGCUACCACCAGCCCCGCUCCGCCGACGAGGACUACAGCCUGCGGCUCGAGACGGUGCUAGCCCAGCUCUGUGAAGACAGUAAGAUCCCCGAGGACACGGAGCUGUGCCGCACUGCCCCGCCCGAUCCGGAGACUUCCCAGGGGCGCUUGUCCCCGGAAUCCCACCUUACCGAUGCUGCCGAUGGCACCUCCGAGUCAAUGCCCAGCUGCGAGGGCAGCUUCUGGGACAGAGUGUCCGAAUUCGAGGAUUUCUGGAGACCUCCCUCGCCCUCCGUGUCGCCAGCCUCGGAGAGAUCUGUGUGUCCGUCCCUAGAUGAAGCACCCCCUUUCUCGGUGCCCUUCAAUCCGUACAUGUGGAACAGCCUGGGUGGCUCUGAGCUGAGGCAUCCUGUGCAAAGCAACAGGCCCUGCCCAACACUGGAGCGACCCUCAGUGCCGGGGCUCUUCUGCGACCGAGGCUCUGAGCCUGCCCUGUAUGGCGCUGAGUGUAGUUCUUCCCUUGGACUCUAUGGAAACUUCAGCUCCCCGAGCACGGGGCUGUUUGAGCGCUCGCCGGCAGCAGCUCCUGGACUCUACGCCAAAACACAGCCUGGGCUGCAGCAGGAGAAGGGGCUGGGUGGUGUCAAAGUGGAGUCAGACCUCUUGUGCCGCCCACUGCUCAUCAGCACUGGCUCGUACAAGUGUGUCAAGUGCAGCAAGGUCUUCUCCACACCGCACGGCCUUGAGGUGCACAUGGGCCGCUCACACAAGGGCACGAGGCCGUUUGCCUGUGACAUGUGUGGCAAGACCUUCGGCCAUGCAGUCAGCCUGGAGCAGCACAAGGCCGUGCACUCGCAGGAACGCAGCUUUGAUUGUAAGAUCUGUGGCAAGAGUUUUAAGAGAUCUCUGUCCAACCACCUGCUCAUCUACUCGGACACCCGACCCUAUCCGUGCCAGUACUGUGGGAAGCGGUUCCACCACAAAUCUGAUAUGAAGAAACACACCUUCAUUCACACAG